AUGCGUGCUGACACGCCCAUCAAAAACGGAUACGUGCAAGUUCCCGAGUCUUCGCCCUCCGAAGACGCGAAAGUGACAUCCUCUUCACCACUUAAAAACGAAAACACACAGGCGUCUAUAUUAAGGGACAGAUUCGUGUAUAAACCUUCUGAGACUUCGCAAAUGGACGCUGCUAGUGGCACAGGACCUCAGUUAGGAGGCAUGGAUGCAGAUGUGGCUACGCUGACGACGGAAUACCCGGAUUUUUCGGAAACGCUGAUCAAGGCAGUUUUCAAGUCUAAUUCGUAUAAUUUGGAGUUAACCAGGGAAAGACUGGAGAAAAUCCAAUCACAAAAGAGCUCGCGCUCUUGGGCCUGGCGGCCUGGUGAGAAAAAACCGACUAGUAGGUUGAUGUCACUCGGAUCGCCUUCUGAAAUUAAAAGCACCAGUAGCAGUACAGCGUAUGACAGAAGCUCCGGGGUCAUUGCUUCUCCGGAAAAGUCCUCUAAAAUUACAGUAGAGAAACAGAAAACUUCCAUUUUCGAUAGAUACUCACACGUCAUGAACCAACGUCAUAGACCAACCAUGGAGUCGGUGGUCGUGGAUCCCUCCACGGUUGUACAAUUGGAGCCCACCACACGCAAGAGACGGAAACUGGUUCGUGCGGAUAAUGUGCCGCAAAUGUCCAUGGCCAGCGGUAAGAAAAGUUCCGUCUCUCUGUCAGACGAGGAUGAGGACGAAAUCAGUGGGGACGAGGUCGUCAGUGGGGAGGACUAUCAAGAAACAACGCCAGAUGUAAAUAUUGAUGAAGAAAUACUGAAAUUUCUCAACGAGGCCAAUGAAAGAGACAUUGCAGACCUAGCCGACACAUCACUAGACAAAGCAAGUAUGGUUGUCAAAAACCGUCCCUUUGGUAGCUUGAUAGAAUUCAGCCAGGCUAAUUUUGUAACCGAGGAUGAACUGCAGAAACAAGAAAAGAAGAAAUCGACAAAACGGGGUCAAACAAAGAAGGAUGGAGAAAAGCUGCUUGAUAAGGUGAUUCAAACUAUGAAAGGUUACAAUGCUAUUGACUCCUUGAUCAAAAAAUGCUCCGCUUAUGGGAGCUCUAUUGCUUCUCAGAUACAAAAAUGGGGAGUUAAUGUUGAAGACAUUCAAAAUGGCGAGCUAAAUUUCAUCGAUAUUGGCGAAGAUGACGAAAGUGAAGCUAGCGACACCGAGUCACUAAUUAAAGAUACUCCAUCCGUUACUAAUGGAAACACAGUUACUAAAGCGAAGAAAUCUAACGGAGAAGGCGAUGACAGCGAUUUCGAGGAUGACGAAGAAGAGGACUACGAAGAAAGCGAAGAUGAAGAUUAUAGAGCCACCAGAAAAGCAAGAGCUUCUGGCCGUGGCAGGGGAAAACCUAAACAAUCAGAUGUGAAGUUUUUCAAGCAAAAGCCCAAACUUCUCUCUCCGGACGUAUCACUGAAGGAUUAUCAACAAACAGGCAUCAAUUGGCUUCAUCUUUUGUACCGCAACAACUUGUCGUGUAUAUUGGCAGACGAAAUGGGUUUAGGGAAAACUUGCCAGGUAAUCGCGUUCUUGUCGUAUCUGAAACAAAAUAAUGAGCCAGGCCCCCACCUGGUGGUAGUACCGUCUUCGACUUUGGAAAAUUGGCUGAGAGAGUUCACAAAGUUUUGCCCAGAAAUGAAAAUUGAGCCAUACUACGGGUCUCAGCAGGAAAGAGCAGAGCUUCGUGAUAUAUUAGAAGAUAACGAUGGCAAAUACGAUGUUGUGGUGACCACUUACAACUUGGCGUCUGGAAACAAAUAUGACGUUUCUUUUUUGAAGAACCGUGGUUUCAACGUUGUAGUAUACGAUGAAGGCCACAUGUUGAAGAACUCUUUGUCGGAGAGAUUCUCCAAGCUCAUGAAAAUUAAAGCUAACUUUAGACUCCUAUUAACUGGUACACCUUUGCAAAACAACUUAAAAGAACUAAUGUCAUUACUAGAGUUCAUUAUGCCAUCGCUUUUUAUUUCCAAAAAAGAUGACCUGUCGGCUGUCUUUAGACAGAGAGCGAGAACCUCUGACUCGCAUAAAGAUUACAACCCGUUGCUAGCCCAAGAGGCUAUUGCUAGGGCCAAGACUAUGAUGAAACCCUUUAUUCUGAGAAGAAAGAAGGAUCAAGUACUCAAACACUUGCCACGGAAGCACUCGAAAAUUGAGUAUUGUGAAAUGACUGAAGUCCAACGUUCGAUUUACAAUCGGGAAAUUCAACUUGUCCUUGAACAUAAGCGAACGUUAGCUGAGGGACUAGAGGAUGAUGCGGAUUCGCCUGAGCCCAAAAAAAACGGAAAGCAGAUGAAAAGCAAAAUGAACAUUUCCAAGAAUUUGAUAAUGUCUUUAAGAAAAGCAUCGUUACAUCCACUUCUGUUCAGACAUAUUUAUGACAAUGAUGUUUUGGAUCGGAUGAGUAGAGCGAUUUUAAGCGAACCAGAGUAUGCCGAGAAUGGUAACAAAGAUUAUAUCCAGGAAGACAUGAGUUACAUGACUGAUUUCGAGCUUCACAAACUAUGUAUGAAAUUUCCAAAAGCCCUAGGGAAAUAUCAGCUAAAGAAUGAUGAAUGGAUGAACUCCGGCAAGGUUGAAGCUUUGGGUAAAAUACUUAAGGACAUCAUUGAGAACAAGAAGGAAAAAGUGUUAGUAUUUUCUCUAUUUACCCAAAUGUUGGAUAUUUUAGAGCUUGCAUUGACUACGUUGAACAUUAAUUUUUUGCGUCUGGAUGGGUCGACACAGGUUAACGACCGCCAAACACUAAUAGACAAGUUUCACGAUGACGAUAGCAUUCCAGUCUUUAUCCUCUCCACGAAGGCGGGUGGUUUCGGAAUCAAUCUUGUUUGUGCGAAUCAUGUCAUCAUAUUCGACCAAAGCUUUAACCCACACGACGAUCGGCAAGCGGCUGAUCGCGCACACCGGGUCGGACAAACAAAAACGGUACAUAUAACUACGCUGAUAACCCACAAUUCUAUUGAAGAAAAAAUCCUUCAGCUGGCCAAAAACAAGCUUGCUCUGGACACACACAUCAGCGAGGACGAUCACAAGGCAAGCGAGGCACUGGAAAGCCGGGUGAGUGACAUCCUCGAAGACAUUAUCUAUGAUGAGAACAAAUAG